GGGCUCUUUAAGAGCCGUGCGCCAGUCGCCGCGCGCAGCAGUGGCGGCAGCCGGGGUUGCCAUGGAGACGGCGGCCGGGCCGGUUGCCAUGGAGACGGCAGCGCCCUGGCUGCCGGGCGGGCGGCGCGGCCGGGAGCCGCGGAGACACGCGCUGCUCGUGGUGAUCGGGGAGAUCGGGACGGAGCCGGAGCGGGGGGCGCUGCGGGGCGCCCUGGAGCGCGGAAUUCGUUCCUGGAAUAUUAACCUUCUGUCCUGUGACCUGAAUGAGCAACUCCGACUCUUUGUAACCCGGCACCUGGCUCAGUUUUCUUCAGAAGUCAAAGGCCAAAGAACCCUCCAUCACCGGAGCGAUACUCUGGAGACAGUGAUCCUGGUAAAUCCCAAUGUGGACAGCAUUGUGUCUGAGGUCCGCUCACUGGUGUGUGAUUCAUCAGCCCACAAACUACUGAUCUUCUGUGGUCAGAGCUCAGACCAGGAAGGAGACUUGAUCCUGCAGACGGGGACCUUCACUUUCCAGAAAUUUGCUGAGAUACUUUCAGACCCAGAGGUCACCCAGAUUCUUAGCAACACUGAUUCGGAUACCAAGGCCUCCCUUACCGUGUCGUGUUUGGGAGAAGGAGACUGGAGCAACCUUGGGCAUCCUAAAUUUCAGGAAAUUAUUAAUCUGAAGCUGAAUCCUGAUCCAGUUCUGCCAGAAAUGGAUGGGGUGUCUGAAUUUGCAGAAUAUGUCUCUGAGACAGUUGACGUGCCAUCGCCAUUUGAUCUCCUGGAGCCACCCACCUCAGGGGGCUUUCUGAAGCUUUCUAAACCCUGCUGCUACAUAUUUCCUGGUGGAAGAGGUGACUCUGCUCUCUUUGCCGUCAAUGGGUUUAACAUCCUAGUGGAUGGUGGCUCCGACAGGAAAUCUUGUUUCUGGAAGCUAGUGAGGCACCUGGAUAGGAUUGAUUCGAUUCUCCUGACCCACAUCGGUGCAGACAACCUGCCUGGUAUCAACGGGCUGCUGCAAAGGAAAGUUGCUGAGCAGGAGGAGGAACAGUCCCAGGGCUCCACCAACUACAGUGACUGGAUGAAGAACCUCAUUUCUCCCGAGCUGGGUGUGGUUUUCUUUAAUGUUCCUGAAAAACUGAAAAUGCCUGAAUCGUCCAUGAAAGUAAAGCGGAGCAUUGAAGAAGCUUGCCUGACCCUGCAAUAUCUCAACAGACUUGGCAUUAAAUCAGAGCCUCUGUACAGGGUGGUGAGCAAUACCAUUGAACCUAUCACACUCUUCCACAAAAUGGGAGUGGGUAAGCUGGACAUGUACAUUCUGAAUCCUGUCAAGGACAGUAAGGAAAUGCAGUUUCUAAUGCAGAAAUGGGCUGGUAAUAGUAAAGCAAAGACUGGCAUAAUUCUCGCAAGUGGGAAGGAAGGUGAAAUCUCUGUUCCCUAUCUCACAUCCAUCACAGCCCUAGUGGUGUGGCUGCCAGCUAGCCCGACAGAGAAAAUUGUAAGGGUUUUGUUUCCUGGAAAUGCUCCUCAAAACAAGAUACUGGAGGGUCUUGAGAAACUCAAGCACCUGGAUUUUCUGAGGUACCCGGUGGCUACUCAGAAAGAUAUCUCCUCUGGAAUGCCUCCACCUGUGCUGAAGCAGACCAAAAUUAAACAAAGAACUGACAGUAAAGAGAGCCUUAAAUCUUCCCCUAAGCCAUCUGUGGCAAAGCAAGCUAAGAAAGAAGAGGCAGUUGAGGAAGGGAUUAAGGAGGUAAAACCAGAGGUCAUAAAGGAUGCUAAAACUGAGAAAAAGGUUAAAGAACAAGCUGAGAGAAUUCUUGAGAAACCUGUAAAACCUGAAAAGAUAAAGACAGAAUCAAGUGAUUCUCUCAAAGCUGAGAAAAGAAAACUAACAAAAGACAAGGUUGGCAAAAAGCAUCUCAAAGAGAAAGUAUCUAAACUGGAGGAGAAGAAGGACAAAGAAAAGAAAGAGAUUAAGAAGGAGAAAAAGGACUUAAAAAAAGAUGAUGUAAAGAAAGAGGAAAAAAAAGAUUCAAAGAAAGAAGACAAAAAGAAAGAAACUAAACCAGAGCCAAAAAAAAUGUCUAAACCAGAUUUAAAACCAUUUACCCCAGAAGUAAGAAAAACAUUAUACAAGGCAAAAGUUCCAGGCCGAAUCAAAACCGAGAAGAUCAAAUCCAAACCUGAAAAGGAAGUACCUGCCGAGCUGAAGACUUCACCAUUGCAAAAGACACCUUUACAGAUGGAGCCAGGAGUGACUUUCAUGGCUGAACAGAGGUUGGUCCUGUCUUCACCAGAAGACCUUACUAAGGACUUCGAGGAACUGAAGCAUGAAGAGAAAGAGGACCUGCAGGUGACUCAGGAGAAGUCUGAUGUUGAAGUUAGUGAUAUGAACAUGAGAGCACCUGAAGCAGAAAUAAAAGUGUCCCCUGACAUGAUUGCUCAGAGUCACCUUGAAGCUGAUCUGAUUUUGAAAAUGAGCAUUUCUGAAGUGGGAAUAACUACUACUGAUAUGGAAAAAGAAUCACCAGUAGAGGAAAAGGCAGUUCACCAGCUAGAACUGAGAGCAGGUCAAGUUGAAAAAACGGAGGAUGAAGGAACAGCAAUGGACAAAACUCUUGAGACGAGAUACUUCAAGGAAAAAGCUGGGCAGGACAAGGAAGUUCAGCUGUUGCCGGACAGACAACAGAUACCAUCACACACGGACCUCAUGGCCGAAGUUGUUCAGUCAGCAGCGUCCAGAGAAGAAGAAAAGGAGGAAGAGGCAAAAAUCUGUUUGGACACAAAGCAGAGGGAAGCAGAAACAAAGACUUGUGAAAAGUAUAUUGAGGGGCCAGAGGUACAGGAGGAGGGUGAGAAGGAAAAGCGAGAGGAUGUGAUAGAAAAGGCAGAGCUGGAAGAAAAGGAAGAACAGUACAUGAAGGCAGAGAAGACAGAAAAAAAUAAAGAUUUCUAUGAGUUGAAUCAGGAUGAGAGGGAGGACAAAAUAUUUACUGCUAAAGAAACAGAAAAAGAAUUUAGUGAAGUGGGUGAGAAAACCAAAUCACUAGCAAAGGAGGUAACAAAAGAAGAGUCCUAUCUGAGCAGUCUGCCAGUCCCACCGGGAGCCACAGCAGAACAUGUUUCAUACAUCCAAGACGAAACUAUCCCAGGCUACUCAGAAACAGAGCAGACCAUUUCUGAUGAAGAAAUACAUGAUGAACAGGAAGAGAGGAUCCCACACUUGAAGUACGAUGUCAACGCAUAUGACAUUUCUGUUCCUGACCACCCAGGCUCUUUUGAAGCAGUACAUGGAAUACAAGCCAUGCCAGCUUCUGACCUUGCAGCCAAGGGCUAUACUGGCCAGGAGUCUGAAAUCCUAGCGUAUCCUACAAACAUUGUGGCAGCACCUCUAGCCGAGGAAGAACAUAUAUCCUCUGCUACCUCCAUUACAGAAUGUGAUAAGCUUUCAUCUUUUGCAACUUCAGUAGCAGAAGAUCAAUCUGUUGCGUCUAUAACAGCACCGCAAACAGAAGAGACUGGCAAAAGCUCUUUACUUCUAGACACAGUAAACAGCAUCCCCUCAUCGCGGACUGAAGCAACCCAGGGUCUGGACUAUGUUCCCUCUGCUGGCACAAUAUCUCCCACAUCUUCCUUGGAGGAAGACAAAUGCUUUAAAUCUCCACCUCCUGAAGACUUCCAUGCACUCACAGAAGGAGAGAGAAAACCAGAAGCUCAAAAAAAGGAUCUUCGUGAAGAGGCAGAGGAAGAAGAGGAGGAAGAAGAAGAUGGUACGCCAAAUAUUGAAAUGCCUGAGAAACUCAAAGGUCAUUACAGCGCCCCACUGUUUGCUCACCAAGGACAUCCUGAGAGUGUUUUAACCAAUGUCCCCACAGAAGCGAUGCAGACUUCUGGUCUACCAUUACCCACUGAAGAAACAACAUUUUCCCAGGUUGACGCUGCCUCUGUAGAGGCUGAAGAACGAUGCAUGAGUCCUGAUGACAGCACAGUCAAAAUGGCCUCUCCCACCCAGUCUGGCCCCACUAGUGCAGGACACACACCUUUCCACCAGUCUCCAGUGGAGGAAAAGCUGGAAACAGUAGAUUCAGACCUAUUUGAAAAACAAACAGAUGCUGCUGCUGAGAAAUCGGAGGGACAAACUGUUGUGGCGAAAGGAGUCAAGAGUGAAAUUGAACCUCUCAGAGAAGAUGAGGUGUCUGCAGCUCAGUACGGACAUGGAAAGGAAGCGCCUGGCCCUGCACAGCACAAGCUGGACUUGGGCAGUGACGUUCCAGCGUCUCCCGAGGAGGAGGAGGAGCAGGAAUCGCCCCUGGGAAAGGAGGAGCUGCCCUGGCUCUCCUACCACAAGCAGGACACGGUAGUGAUAGGGGAGGAGGAGGAGGAGCGUUCCACACUGCCUCAUCCCAGCGCAGAUGCGUUUUCAGAGCCAGAAAAAGAGCUAGGAACGAAAACCAUAAUGGAAGGAUUGAUGGGAUUUUCGAAACGUCUCUCCGUCGAACCAGUCUCUACUACAGAUGUGUCUCUAGGAAGCAUGGAUACGCCACGGUUCACAGACCAAAGCAAAUAUGAAAGUGACAAAUCUUCACAAGUUUCCCCAGAUGACACCAAGUCACUUUCUUUUACAGAAGAAAGUCUUGGGAAAGAAAAAUCUCCAGAUAUUUCUGUUAAGGAACUAGCAACUGAAGAAGGGAAGCUGCUCUGUUUCACAGAAGACAUCUCAGAAGAAAAAUCUUCUCGUGUUUCCAUUAAAGACAUUUCUCCAGAAGACACCAAAUCCAUUUCUCUUACUGAGGAGAGUCCCAGCAAGGAAAUCUCUUCAGACUUUUUUGUUAAAGGAAUUUCUCCAGAAGACACCAAAUCUCUCAAUUUCACAGAAGAGAUUUCUGCUAAAGAAAAAACUUUGUCUGACUUUACUGACAGAUUCCCUUCAGGAGCUGCCAAGUCCAUGCUUUUCACAGAGCAGAGCCCGGCUACAUGUGAAAAAUCCCUGAAAAUUUCUGCUGAAGAGCUCAUUAAAGAAGUGUCAAAAUCUAUUCCUUGCCCAGAAAGUAGCUCGCUUAAAGACAUAUCACCCAGAGAUACUUCAAUCGAAGAAAUGUCUCCAGAUGAUAGAAGUUUGUUUUCUUUAACAGAAAAGGGCCCAUCUAAGGGAAAAACUGCAGGAUUGCUCUCUCAGGAAAUAUCUCAAGAUGUGAAGGACUUACACUUUACAGAAUCUAGCCCAAUUCAAGAUAAAACAUCUUCAUGCAUUUCUACUGAAGAUGCAAAAUCUUCCAGGUUUACAGAAGCUGAAGAAGAAAAAUCUCCAGAAAUGGAAGAUUUUUAUGUGAAAGACUUGAGUUAUGAGAAGAAAGUGUGGUUCCCAGAGGAGGUGGCGGAGAUCCCUGUUCAGGGAAGCCGACAGAGGUACGACAAGGAGAGAGAGAGCACAUUCUUGGAUGAGGUACCAGAAUAUGAAACAAAAUCCCUUCCUAAAAUGGGAGAGGAGGAGAUCUUGGCUGCGGCAGCGCCUGGCAGACACACCUGGGGAAGAGCGGAGCGCGAAGCCUGGGGCGCUGCAUUUGAGUAUCUUCAGGAAGGAGGAGACACUGGAAGAGCGGGGCUGUUCACCAGUGAGGAGGAGGAGGGUCUUCGGCAUGCUGAAGACAAACCCGUGCUGCUGCAAGCAGAAGCAGAACAUUUCAAAAUGGGACCGUGUGACUACCAAGAAGACACACUGAAGGGUGCCAAGCCUACAGCAGAAGCAAAUAAAGUGGAAAUAGUUCCUGCUGACAUCGUUUUCCCAGGAAAAAAACAAGUGGACAGUCCACCUCUGUCUUCUCAGUAUCUCUCUGGGGAGGAACAUCAGGCCAAAGCAUUAGCUGGAGACGAAGAAAGGGAAGAAUUGUUAUUGACAUCUAAACAAGAUUACUCCUACCUAGGCGAUGAUGAGAAAGCUGUCUUAGGUGUCUAUGCGAAGUCACUAGACCAAGCACGGACAGCGUCUCCCCUGUCUGUACUGGCUAGCACUCUGGAAAAGCAGACCUACGCAAAACCAGAGCCAGAGAGGCCUUACAAGACAGAUCAGUGCAAGACACCUUUACAGGAGGAAGUCCCAAAGAAGGAUACAGAGAAGAAAUCAGAUGCCAGUGGUCCAUAUCAGGAAAUAAACUCUGAAAACAAGCCAGAUGAUAGAAAGCCAGAGGAUGAAUGUAAAUCCACCGAGGCUCCUCGUGAGUCUGAAGACGACAAAGAGCAGACGGCAGCAGCAUCUGCUCAUCUGCACCCCGCAAGACCAGCAGAAUACGAAUACGUAGCGACUUCCCCAGAAGAAAGUGCUGCAGGGUCAGGUCAGCGCGCACGUGCCCCUCUAAGACGAGACGCUCCUCAGAAAAGCAGCGCUGCUGUGGGUCAUGCUGAGGCUGUCGGCUCUGCCAGCCAAGCAACAUCUCCUCCGGGAUCCUGCUCGAGGAGCCCCUCUGAACCUCAGUCCUGUGACCAAGAGGUCUGCAGACCCGGCGGUGAUGACGGUUACACAAGAGCAGAGCAAGAAGAAAGAGAACCAACUCCCUACCCUGAUGAAAGAAGUUUCCAGUAUGCUGACAUCUAUGAGAGGAUAAUUGUGUCUGGAGCUGGGCUUUCCUCCUUCACAUCCAAAGGUGCAGAUAGCCCAGGUCAAACUGGCAUGUUGCCAACAGCAGCAGAACUGAUCUCUCAGAAAGAUCAAUUUUAUCAUGUCUCUGCUAAAGAAGAGGAGUCCUGUCUUUAUACCUCUACCGAAAAGGAGCUGUCAUCUCCAGCAUCCCCUAAAGAUAAAUCAGGUUCAUCCUUUGAGUAUGCAGACAUCCAUGAAAGAUACUCACCCUUGCCUGAAAUAGAUAAGCCCAGGACACCCGAAGUUCAGGGAGAACUGAAGGUGUCCUCUGCUUCGCCGGAACUGGGCUCUCCUCUGCACCCGUCAUCUGCAAGCACAGCAUUUGCCUCUCCUACAGACGUGAUUGACCCAUUUCAUCAAGAAAAAUCCGCUGCAUAUAUUGACGCUCCUUGUCCAGAUGAGAACAUCAUUUUGUCUAGCCAGGAGCAGAGAUCUCUAUCCCCAAAAGCCGAAAGCCCAAAGCCCAAAGACAUACACUAUGAGAAAGCAGGGCAAGGCGAAGAAAGCACGAGUGAUUCAGAAUUAGAAAAAGGUGCUAAGGAGAAAUCCGAAAAGGACUCCAAACUGCCUGGCCCUGUCCAGGCUGCGGGAACUGUCUGUGCACACUUCUCACUAGUGGAGAAGUUUCAAGUGUCAGAAUCACCUCCCCAAAGCAAGCGUCAGGAGUCCCUUUCAUCCACUUCCACUGCCUCUUCGCCUUCUGAUCCGGGGUGGAAAGAGGAAUAUGGAAUUAGCAAAACUGCAUCAGCCACAGUUGUGGGGACAUAUGUUGCGGGUUACAGUGACCUGCCAGACAUAGGCACAGAUAAGCAGGCUUCAGAAACGUACUCUUUAAGCCAAGAUUCUUUGCAAAAGAGAGAGGAUGCUGAAAAAUCCAUUAAGGAAUCACAGUUCUGUGUAACAGAUUAUCCAAGUACAGAGAUGGUCUCCAAGUGCUAUGAGGAAGCCAUAUACUUGAAAUCUGCUUCUGAAAAACAGAAUGAGGAGUACAGAAAAAGUCCAACAGUAGAGGGAAUAGCGAUGGAUAUCUCGUCUGGAUUUGAAUGCUCUCUGCUAGGAAAGAGUGAAACAUCUGGUGUGCACAGACAUGAACAAUCCUUAUCAAGCCAUUUAGGGGAUGUGUCUCUUACUUUAAAGGUUCCUUGUGCUUUGCUUUCGGACAGGGGGAAGAAAGAUGAGUACUUGGAGGUUUCUGAGAAAACUGGCAGUCUCGACUCAUCUUUUACUAAACUGUCACCGCUGAGUCCAUAUGAAGAAGAUAAAUUGUUCUCUAAAGCUAUGGAAAGAGACUCUGUGCCCCAACAGCAGCUGAAAGAUGACUCUUCCAGCCUGUCAGAGGAACCUUCGUCUGAAGCUACCACUCCUGUGAUACCAAGCACAGCAGAAAGUUUCUACUCCCACAUGCUUUCCACAUACACAGGAGCAGAACUAGGUACCAGGAGCCUUUGGGAUGUGUCUCCACAGAUUCCAGAUAAGACUGUGAAAACACAUUCAGCUGAAACCAAAGACUUUGUGUUUGCUGAAGAACAUGGCUCUGCAUUCACCGGUGGAAUGGAUGACAGCACUCUGCCAUGCAGACGUGAGAGCCAGAGCUCACUGCCCGCACCAUUCUCUGCAGAGAAACAACAGCAAGCCUGUGCAACCAGUCCAGAGCAGAAGUCAUCGUUUACAGAACAGCUGAUGACAGUGACAUCUCUUCCUGACAUGUUGACAACAUUUCCUCCUCAUCAGCAUGAAGAUGAAACCGCAGCCAAUGGUCCAACAGAGGUGAGCACAAGUCUGCAGGCUUUCCAAAGCACACACCAUGCAGCAGAGGCAAAAGAUGAAAAAACAUAUCCUGAGUCUGACAGCAGUUUUUCUCCAUGCACAGGCAAAGAGGACACAGAGAGGCAGAGCCGUCCUUCCUCUCUGAUGUCUCCCGAACACAGUUUCCAGCCCUUUUUCCCAGACGUGCAGAGGGGUGGAAGAGCAGAGGACCGUGGAGAUGCUUCCCAUGAGAUGGAGCCAUAUUUAGGAGGCAGUUCAGACUAUGGACAGAAAUUUUCCUCAUGCGAAUACAGGCACAGGAAGGGAGAGCUCUCUCCUUCAUUCAUCAACCCUAGUCCUCAUGAGCUCUCCGAAGACAGUGACCUCUCACAAGAGGAAGGCCAUCCUUCAGUGCAAGGCAGACCACCCCAUACCAGUGGUAGCCCUGCGCAAAGCGCGACAGUGGAGGAAACCCCCCCAACAUCAGUGAGUGACUCCGGAACCUCCCAGUCAGACUCUGAUGUCCCACCUGAGACGGAGGAAUGUCCGUCAAUCACAGCAGAUGCCAACAUGGACUCGGAUGAAGAUGCCGAUUUCCUCCCGGUGGACAAAGCUGCUGGGAAUGCGCAUCAUGCCAGUGCGAGGUCCAGCCAUGAUCCUCAGCCUGUUCCAAUGGUAGAUCCCCAUCCCCAUCCUCCUCACCCUGAUGUCUGCAUGGUAGACCCUGAAAUGUUGGCGAAUGAGCAAAGUGUGAGCAGAACUGAUAAAAUUGCCAAAAAGGACAUGAAGGAAAAGAACAAAGGUGUGAGGAAGCCUUUGAGCAAACCCAAAUCAUCUUCUCCUGCCCGAAAAUCAGAUGUCAAAGGGAAACGGUCACCCACUCCUGUGAAACAGCCAUCAGACAAAUCUCCAAAAUCUGCCACUGCCAAAAAAGAAAGAGAUGGAGGAGAAAAGCCAAAAUCACGUAGUACACUCGUGCAGGCUCCUCACACAGAGGAUGAGUUGUCCCGAAGUAGUCACAGCAAUCCUGGCAAAAGUCUUGUUAAUGGCAUCAAAACAAACCCUGCUUCCAGUAGUCCUAAGAGUGGUCUGUCUGUGCCCCUGGGUCCGCCUGUCUAUGUGGACUUGGCAUAUAUCCCCAACCACUGCAGCGGCAAGAACACGGAUCUGGAGUUCUUCAAGCGGGUUCGAGCGUCGUAUUAUGUCGUGAGCGGGAAUGACGCAGCCAGCGGUGAGCCCAGCCGCGCCGUGCUGGACGCGCUCCUGGAAGGGAAGGCGCAGUGGGGCGAGAACCUGCAGGUGACAUUGAUACCAACACAUGACACUGAGGUGACACGAGAAUGGUACCAGCAAACCCAUGAGAAACAGCAGGAACUGAACAUCAUGGUACUGGCAAGCAGCAGCACUGUUGUGAUGCAGGAUGAAUCUUUCCCAGCCUGUAAGAUCGAGUUCUAAAUCUCCCAGCCACACUUUGCACUCAUCCAUUGACUCUCCAAUCAUCGAUGCAACAUCAGAGAUGCCAUCUAAUCACAGUCCAGUUCUUCUCUGGUUUAGUCCUCUACAUGGUUCCCAUUCGUCAGGCAAUCGGGUACCCAUCUAGCUCAGCACUGGAUGUCACGAGAGAGGCGGGGGGGGGGCGGGGGGGCCUCUGUAAUAUUCUGGACUGAACCAAGAGUUUGUGCAAGGGCAGUUGCAGGCCAGGGGCACUUUCCCUUUCCCUGCUUCAUUCUGCUGCCUAUGCAGUAUCUGUAGAGUAUCUUGGCUGCCUUGCUGCUGUGAGAGCUUGUUCUGCUCUCUUCCUGGCUGCCUUGCCCUUUGACUCGUAGCACCCUGAAGCUCAUCUUUCCAGUACGGGCUGAAAUGCUGCUGCUGCAUGAAGACAGUGUUUGGGGGGCAGAGAAGGAAACUAAUUUGCAAAGAAAACAGAGCAAGGAGAUGAGGGAAGGCCAAACCCUCCAACUGGUCACAACACUCCUGAAUAACGAGACCAUGAAGGGCGUUCUUCCCUCUUCCACCCGGAGCCCAUAGGUGUUCUGCAAAAGGGGACCUGUACUCCAGACAGGCAGAGUCGCUGCCUGCCAGCUCUGCAGGUUUCUGUUCUGAGUAUUUGGCUGUGGAAUGCUGUAACACCUGCUCCCCCUUCUCGCCGUGCUCGAGGGGCUGGGCUGAAGGAUGUGCUGGUUCGAGGGCACUGGGGUGCAGGGGUGGGGGCUCAGUCUGUUGCUCUUUGCUGUGAAGAGCACGUUCCCACUCUUCUCACCUGAGCUUUGCACACAUGCAGUGGCUGGUGUGCUCCUGCCCCUCACCAGGGUAACAGCAGGAGGCACAGGGGGGCCGUAGCCCAGUCACGCUCAAAUAAUAACCAAAACGCACAACUACUGAACCCUCUAAAGCAGAAGGGCUGAAACAACCCUGGCCUCUGUUGGCCUCUGAUGUACUGACAACACCCUGCACUUGUAAACCAAAGGCUUUCUUGGGGAGUGCGGUGAGGCAGCUGACAAACCUACGCACUGUACGAAGAGAUGCUAUUUUCUGGAUAGCGUAGCUGAUGUGUGCCAGCCCUGCAAGCAGUGGCAGUAGUCUCUUCUCUGCCUGUAUGCCAGAGAUCCAGCUUCUUAACCGCAUUCAACUUUUUUGCUACCCUGAGUGUGCCUAGGAUGUGAGGAAUAGAACCUGCUUUGCAAGGAAAGGGGACCCCUUCCCAAAAACAUUUGGGGAAAGUAGUUUAGUAAAUGUGUGUGUUUGCUCUUAGUUCCUCCACAGCUGCAGCAGGGACAUGCGUACUUGCGUUGCCAGCACAGCUGAGCCGCUGGCAAGACACGCUGUGCAAACAUGCAAUUGCAGCUGGCAGGCCAUUGCUUGCGUACCUGUUGUGGGCUUGUGUCCUUGCACUUCGGAGCGUAGCCAGGUGCCACGAGUGCACCGUUGCCGCUGAACAGUCACCCAGAGCCUCCUUGGCAUUCAAAGCAAUUCCAGCUGUUGGCUUCCAGCACCUUCGGGAGAGCAGCUCAGCUGCUCUGAGCUUGCAGCACCGGGGAGCCUUUGCCACCUCUCAGCACUACAGGAAGGUCUUGUCACAGGGAGGACUUUUAUUUUGCCAUUUAGUAAGACAAAGAGAGUGGCAGUAGGACAUGCGCUGGGGAAGGGGACAUAAGAUAAAGCAAUGCGUCAAGGCUUGGCAUACAACUCAACGUAUUUCCAUCUGCUUUGCUACCCACUGCGCUUGGCCCUGAGCCCAGAUCUGGCUCCGGAAUUAGCAUCCUGGACUCUGUUGUGCUUGCCUGGGACGCUUUAGUCUCAGUGCUAGUUUUCUGGCAGCUGCCAUAAAGGAAAUGCUGCCUUAGAAGCCUGCUCCUAGGACUAAAAUGGGAUGUCUAGGGAAAUCGUUUAUUUUGCAUUUAAUUUAUAUAUUUAUUUUUUGAUGUUAAGCUACAUUUUGCGUGGAUUUAAUAUUUUAAUUUAUACACAUUAACAUGGCACUGUGUGCUGUUGGUGUCAGUUCAUAGGUUUCUCAGUGCAAAUACUCAGAUGCUGUGAUUUAAGAAACAACAACAACAAAGACCACAGACAAUUGGGUAGAGCAUUUGCUGGCAACAGAAGGGGUCUCUGGUUGAAGCCUGCAAGGCUGUGUCUAAAAGCAAGCACCUGCAAGACAAAGCCUGAGGAUAACAAUCCCUCCCUCAGGAGCAGCCAGGCCUUUUGACACAGGCCUUGUUAGAAGCAUAUGAGCUUACUCAGGGAUUUACCAAAUCCCUGCCUUGUGCUGUAUUCACUUAAACCAUUGGAUCACAGUGCAUCUGCCAGAAGAAUAAAUGCCAUUCUCUGUAAUCCAAAGGGGGGUCAGCGUCUACGAAUGUUGGGUACGGCAAACAGCUGCAGGCAGUAACAGACCCCCUCCAGUUUUCCCCUGGACGCUGCUCGGGGGUUUUGCCUUCAGGGCUUGGGGAGACCCUGGCAGACCUGCUGAGGGGACGGCUGAGGGCCAGCCGCAGGGGCAGGAUGCCUCCAGCUCAGCAGCCGGCAGCCAGAGGGACGGGUGUUGCAUCCUCAUUGACUGGAGCCCUGGAUCCCUCAGAGGGGCUAGGAAGUAAAGCUAAUGCACUAACUUUAGAUAGACCCACACGUGAAUGUUUCUCAGUUUUAAACUUGAAGCAGUUCUGACUAAGAAGCAGCGACAGUGAGGCUCUGCAAGGUGCCUGCAUCCUCCAGGCAGGAGCACCGCCGCGGGCGCGUGUUCCCCCGAACGCCUGCCCUCCGCUCGCUGUGCUGCUCCGACAGCUGUAUCCUACACCACUUCGCUUCCCUGUCCUCCAGACUCCACACCUUUUUCAGUCUUUUGUAGCAGUCUGUGCUGCCUUCCGCUUCUCUCUGUCUUCAAAAACUGUGGGGAAAAAGACUUGUAAAAACGCCAACUUUGUCAAAGGUCUGAACCUGCUCAGCCCUGUGAGUGGCUGCCGGGGCCGGCAGGACCCAUCCAGAGCCAGAGGUAACAACACCGUAGAGAAAACAUUUAACUCUGCUUUUGCUUGUUUCUGCAUGUGGGCAACAGCGCGUAAUCUUCCUGUAUGUAAUAGGUAAAAAAAAUACUAUUUUAAACCUAUAAUUAAAAAAGUGAACGUCUUAACUGUAUUGAAAUGGCAGCUUGUGCUCCUAGCUUCUUUCUAUGCUGAAUGUUUUAAAACAGAGCCCUGAUUCUUUUCUUCAGCAUCAUGUUUCUAUUUCAAUUUAGUUCCUUGACUUCUGUUCUUCUGCCCCUUUCCACGUGAAACGCUGUAACUAAAAACUGUCAAGGGAGGAGCCCAGAACAUUAACAAUAAAGCCACAUUAAUUGUGAACAAGAACA